AUGGAUGCUGCUGACUAUCCUGGAGCUUCAAAUGAAAGUGGAGAUCUUAGUAUCAUCCGUCCACUCAGUGCUUGUGGUUCUCAUCAACAACAUGUGUCAUACGGAGGUUACUUUCACGUCCUUGCUUCCUGUUACUCAUUUUGCAUGUGUGAACCUUGGCCUUCUGUAUUAACUAUUUUGAAUCUUGACCAUAUUAUUACUUCGAAAUGUUUGGAUGAGUGCUCAGAACAAUUGUGUGUGCGACUGUGUGCAUCAAAUUUUCUUUUGGCUUCAGGCUAUGGCAAUAGCACCGGUAGUUGGGAUGGAUAUCCUCACUUUGUGAAUGCUGAUGGAUUGCACUUAUCUCCUGUAAUCUGCAAUGAAAAUCAAUCUCUUUUGCUGCACGCUAGUUAUGGCUUCACUCCUGAAAUGUCAUAUGGACAAUAUUCCCCAGUUGGUACACCUCUGCCUUCUCUACUGGUAGAAGGCCCACUAUGUGCUUCACAACAAGUUCCAUUUCCUCCAAUUUAUCGUCCACUACCUGCCUCUCCAAAUGUUCCUGCAGCUGUCCCAGUUAUACCAACUGAGCUGAUGACACUGGAAAGUAGUAGGGAGAAUGUGCAUUAUGGAACAAGGUCAGGUUACUUAAUACAAUAUGGAUCAUAUGGUGUGGGGAACAUUUCUGGGAUUUUUGGUUCUAGCGCUGUAACUUCUCCUGCAGCUUAUUCUCAACCAGUGGGCAUUCUUGGUUCAUAUGAGCACAGACAGAGAUCUGGCUCUUCUGUUGGACACUACCCACACGAUGGCUCUUAUCAGAGCUCCAAGUUCAGCAGUGCAUCUGUUCCUUUUGGGGCUAAUGACCAGACAAGAUUUGUUCUUGACAAGGGCAAGAGACGAGAGAGAGACCAGGACUCAAUAUGUAUUUCUAAUGAGUCUCAGGGUACUGACCAUAAUCGUGGACCAAGGGCUUUAAAGCUGAAGGGCAAGAGCACCAGUGAACAGAGCUCUCGAUCUGAUAAUAGCAAAAUAGAUUCAGCCAUAUCUGCAAUUGAUCUUGAUUUGUACAACCGGCCAGACUUUCGUACUGAUUAUGAGAAUGCCAAGUUUUUUAUCAUCAAAUCUUUCAGUGAAGACAACGUUCACAAAAGUAUUAAAUACAAUGUAUGGGCCAGCACUCCACAUGGAAACAAAAAACUAGAUGCUGCCUAUUGUGAAGCCAAAGAGAAGAAGGAAACCUGUCCAGUCUUUCUAUUGUUUUCAGUCAAGGCCAGUGGACAGUUUUGUGGGGUAGCUCAAAUGGCUGGACCUGUAGAUUUUGAGAGCGAUGCAGAUUUUUGGCAACAAGAUAGGUGGAGUGGACAGUUCCCAGUUCAGUGGCAUGUCAUCAAAGACGUUCCAAACAAUGGAUUCCGUCAUAUUUUGCUGCAGAAUAAUGACAACAAGCCUGUUACCCACAGUCGAGAUUCACAGGAGGUGAAUUUAGAGCAAGGCAUUGAAAUGUUGAAAAUUUUCUAGGAUCAUGAUACUCGUACAUCUAUCCUAGAUGAUUUUGUAUUUUAUGAUAACCAGGAAAGAGCUUUGAAGGAAAAGAAGGCCAGAGACCUAGCUUUUUCACCAGUGGAUGCUUCAUAUUUAUGUGCUGGGGACUCUGUUAACCAAAUGUCUCAUGCUCUUGCUCAAACCCUUAGAUUGAAUGAGGAUAGAGAAGUACCAUCAAGAGAAAUGGGUUGUAGCUCAGGAACAGAUGCUUUAGCUUCACUAGCUAAUGAAUCCAUAAACCAAAAUUUCGAGUUCAUUCUAGUGUUACAAUUGGAAGACAAGCUAAAUAGCAAAGAAGUAUCGGUGGGGGAUAAUGGCAGAGAUCACCAGAAUUCAGCAUGUUGA